AUGAAGUGCGUCUUGGUGGCCACAGAGGGUGCAGAGGUCCUCUUCCACUGGACAGAUGGGGAGUUUGAAGAGAGUCUGCGCCUGAAGUUUGGACAGACAGAGAAUGAGGGAGAAAAGCCUCCCGCCCUGGAGGACCAGCUUAGCACCCUCCUGGCCCCGGUCAUCAUCUCCUCUGUGACCAUGAUGGAGAAGCUCUCGGACACAUACACCUGCUUCUCGACGGAAAAUGGCAAUUACCUGUAUGUCCUUCACCUGUUCGGAGAAUGCCUAUUCAUCGCCAUCAAUGGAGACCGCACAGAGGGCGAAGGGGACCUGCGGCAGAAGCUGUGCAUGCUCAAGUACCUGUUCGAGGUGCACUUUGGGUUGGUGACCGUGGACAGACAGCUCAUCCGAAAGGAGCUGCGGCCCCCGGCCUUGGAGCAGCGUGAGCAGGUGUGGGGGCGCUUCCAGAGCCUGCUGUGGACCUACAGCCGCCUGCGGGACCAGGAGCAGUGCUUUGCCGUAGAGGCCGUGGAGCGGCUGAUCCACCCUCAGCUCUGUAAGCUGUGUAUCGAGGCGCUGGAGCGGCAUGUCAUCCAGGCCGUCAACUCCAGCCCUGGGCGGGCCGGCGAGGAGGCCCUGCAUGCCUUCCUGCUCGUGCACUCCAAGUUGCUGGCUUUCUACUCCAGCCACGGUGCCGGCUCCUUGCGCCCAGCCGACCUCCUGGCCCUCAUCCUCCUGGUGCAGGAUCUCUACCCCAGCGAGAGCACAGCAGAGGACAGCGACCCCCAGCCUUCCCCACGGAGGCCCCACCGCAGCCAGAGCAUCCCCGUGCAGCAGGCCUGGAACUCUUGUUCUGCAGACCCAACCAGGAAUUCGGGGACCGAGACAGACAGCUUCUCCCCCAUUGAGGAGUACUUCACACCAGCUCCUUCCCCUGGGGAGCAGAGUUCAGGUAGCACCAUCUGGCUGGAUGGGGGCACCCCACCUACUGACUCUCCCCACAUCCAGAUGGCUGAAGACACCCUCCAGACGCUGAUCCCUCCCUCCCCAGGACCCUCUGGCCCCAGAAGGAUUUUCCUGGAUGCCAGCGUGAAAGACAACUACUGCCCCAUGGUGCCACACACCAUGUACUGCCUGCCCUUGUGGCCAGGCAUCAGCUUGGUGUUCCUGACCAAGUGCCCCAACACGCCUCUGGCCCUGGCCCUGUACCAGCUGUUGGAUGGGUUUUCUCAACUGGAGAAGAAGCUGAAGGAGGGGCAAGAGGCUGGGAGCGCCUUGCGGUCCCACCCCAUCAUGGCGGACCUCCGCCAGAGGAUGGACAAGUUUGUCAAGAAUCGAGGGGGCCAAGAACUUCAGAGAACCUGGCUGGAGUUCAAGACCAAGGCCUUCUCCAAAAGUGAGCCCGGCUCAUCCUGGGAGCUGCUCCAUGCGUGCAGGAAGGUGAAGCGGCAGCUAUGCGUUGUCUAUCGGUUCAGCUUCCUGACCAUGACCCCUGGCUGUGGGUGCCCCCACCUGCCCCAGCACCUGCAGGACCAAGUCCAGACGCUCAUGCAGGAAAAGCUGGCGGACUGGAAGGACUUCCUGCUGGUGAAGAGCAGGAGGAACGUCACCAUGCCCCUUACCUUCCUGGAAGACUUCCCAGGCCUGGUGCAUUUCAUCUACGUGGACCGCACCACUGGUCGGAUGGUGGCCCCUUCCCUCAGCAGCAAUGAAAGGACUUCAUCGGAGCUGGGCAGGGGGCCCCUGGCCACCUUCGUCAGAACCAAGGUCUGGUCUCUGAUCCGACUGGCGCGCAGAUACCUGCAGAAGGGCUACACCACGCUGCUGUUCCGCGAGGGGGAUUUCUGCUGCUCCUACUUCCUGUGGUUCGAGAAUGACAUGGGCCACAAACUCCAGAUCAUGGAGGUGCCUGUGCUGUCUGAUGACUCAGCUCCUGUCGGCAUGCUGGGAGGAGACUACUACAGGAAGCUCCUACGGUGUUACAGCAAGGGCCACCCGGCCGAGGCUGUCGGCUGCCAUGAGCUGCUGACCCUCCACCUGUCGGUUGUACCCACGGACGUGCUGGUGCAGCAGGCUGGCGAGCUGGCCCGGCGUCUGGGCGAGGCCUCCCACAUCCCCCUGCUCUAG